AUGUCUACCCACUUUAUUCCAAUUAAGCCGGCGCCAGCUUUGCCUAAAGUUUGCUCUUACAAUAGUCCAACUCCAUCGCUUACUAUGCUUGGCUUUUCAACAAUGAAUCUGAUCAAUAAUCUUACCGUUUAUGAACGUAACCUUUUACUUAAGCCUCCACAUAUAGUCACAAUACCUCUUGACGAACUCCUCAAUCCUCGAAAAAACCGCUUUAGAAAAAACUCUCCCCCUCGUCCUCAAAAUGCGUGGGUUAUUUUUCGCAAAGACUUUGAAAAUCGAUUACGAACUCAACACCCCAAUUUGUUACAUUCUGUUAAUGAAAUCUCAAAAAUGGCCAGCGAGCAUUGGUCGAAAAUGCCGGAAGUUGUCAAACUGUAUUUUAAGGUCCUUUCUAAAUUGGCUCGACUGCGACACAAAGCUGCCUUUCCUGGUUAUAGGUACAAGCCAAAAGGUAAAAGUGAAACCUGGUUGUUCAAAAAUAUAAAUAAAAGUGCAUUCGUUGGCAAUGGGAAUAAUAACAGGAUUGCUUACGGAGACCACGGAAAUAAUGAUACAUGUUAUCGAUUGGAUGAAUCUGCCAUUAUUGAACAGCAACAUAAUCAGCGUCUGGAAAAUAACGUAAAUUUGCACAUCAACAGUAUUAGUGAAGAUGUCGAAUGUGACAGCAUGUUUGUUGACACUGGGGUUGAAGACGUAUGCCAAAAUGAGGCAAGCAACUGUGAUACAAUACAUCGAACGAUUUAUCCAGAGCACUGUUAUAAUACCAACCCAUUUUGGUUUGCAAUCUCCCAAUGGCCUGCUCAAAUGUUUGCGCAAACUCCUCCUCAAGAAUAUUUUUACUCACUGCCUGCCAAUAUUAACAUUAUGGGUUUGAAUGGAAAAUUGAUUAAAUAA